ACAACCUUCACCGUCAGAAGAAGAAGCUUAACUACCAACCGCCUUAAAAAAAGGUCAAUACCCGCGCAAAACUCAUUCUCGGGUCGGAUCGUCCGUGCAAAACCCGACCGGAUCCAUCCGGACCGAUCAAUUUCACGAUUGUUCUCCGGCAAAUUGGAUAAAGACAAGUAUUUUCAAAAACACCCGCGAAUUGAGGAAAGAGGAGUUAAAAGCUCCAAUGGAGAGAAGUGAUUCCGGCGAUGUAGAUGUACAAGCAUCUGCGUAUUUACAGACUGAAGAAACCCACGAAAGAGUUGAUCCAUUGUCAGAUGGUGAAUGCACGUUAAGGAUAGGAGAUGCUCUGAUUUGUACUAGUGAGCAUGAUGAGAUCGAUGUUGGAUUUAGUCAAAACGAGCAAAGAAAGAGCGAAGAAGAGGAAGAAGCUAGAGGAGAGUUUGAUGAAGAACAGAUUGGUUUACCUGUUGAGAGCAAAGAAUUCGACGCACCAGCUGUUGGAAUGGAGUUUGAGUCAUACGAUGAUGCUUAUAACUACUAUAACUGCUACGCUACAGAAGUUGGGUUUCGGGUAAGAGUGAAGAACUCGUGGUUCAAGCGGCGUAGCAAAGAGAAGUAUGGUGCGGUGCUUUGCUGCAGCAGCCAAGGUUUCAAAAGAGUUAACGAUGUGAAUCGUGUGAGAAAGGAAACAAGAACUGGUUGUCCUGCAAUGAUAAGAAUGAGGCAGGUUGAUUCUAAGAGGUGGAGGGUUCUUGAAGUUACGCUUGAUCAUAACCAUUUGCUUGGUUCCAAGAUAUACAAAUCUGUUAAAAGGAAUGGAACAGGGACCAAGAGGAAGUGUAUAUCUAGUCCAGACUCAGAUGCUAAGACAAUAAAGCUGUACCGGGCUCGUGUGAUGGAUACUGGGAACAAUAUGGAUCCAAAUUCGGCUAUGAAAACACAGUUUCAGAAUCUUGCUGGAUCACCAGAUUUGCUGAACCUUAGAAGAGGAGACUCUGCAGCCAUGUACAACUUCUUUUGCCGUAUGCAAUUGACAAAUCCAAACUUUUUCUACCUGAUGGAUGUAAAUGAUGAAGGUCAACUAAGGAAUGUGUUCUUUGCAGAUGGUUUCUCUAAAGUUUCUUGCACUUACUUUGGUGAUGUAAUCUUCAUCGACAAUACUUAUAUCUCUGGAAAAUUCGAGAUCCCUCUUGUGUCAUUAGUCGGAGUAAACCACCAUGGUCAAACCACAUUGCUUGGUUGUGGCCUUCUCGCUGGAGAAACGAUGGAGUCUUACCAUUGGUUGCUCAAAGUGUGGCUCAGUCUCAUGAAGUGUUCUCCUCAAACCAUUGUCACAGACAGAUGCAAGCCUUUGGAGUCUGCGAUUUCCCAAGUGUUCCCGAGAUCUCAUCACAGAUUCAGCCUGACACAUAUAAUGAGGAAAAUCCCUGAGAAACUAGGAGGGUUGCAUAACUACGAUGGCGUGAGGAAGGCAUUUACGAAAGCAGUUUACGAAACCUUGAAAGUUGUUGAAUUUGAAGCAGCUUGGGGAUAUAUGGUUCACCAUUUUGGUGUCAUCGACAAUGAAUGGCUCCGUUUCUUGUACGAAGAUCGAGCUAGAUGGGCUCCGGUUUAUCUAAAAGACACUUUUUUCGCAGGAAUCGCUAAUGCUCGUCCUGGAGAAGCCUUGAAUCCGUUUUUCGAGAGGUACGUUCACAAACAAACACCGUUGAAAGAGUUUCUCGACAAGUACGAGCUAGCACUUCAAAGAAAGCACAGGGAAGAAACUCUCGGGGACUUAGAAUCUCUAGCCUUGAACAACGCUGAGCUCAAAACAAAGUGUUCUUUCGAGACACAGCUCUCGAGAAUCUACACGAGAGACAUGUUCAAGAAGUUCCAAGUAGAGGUUGAAGAAAUGUACUCAUGUUUCAGCACAACGCAGCUCCACGUCGAUGGGCCUUUCGUGAUCUUCCUUGUGAAAGAACGGGUCCAAAGCGAGCCCAACAGAAGAGAGAUCCGUGAUUUCGAGGUUCUCUACAACAGAUCGGUUGGUGAAGUACGGUGCAUUUGUAGCUGCUUCAACUUCUAUGGUUACUUGUGCAGACAUGCUCUAUGUGUUCUCAAUUUCAAUGGUGUUGAAGAAAUACCUUUGCAGUAUAUUCUACCGCGUUGGAGAAGAGACUUCAAACGGGCUCACGUUACUGAUAAUGGUUUGACCGGUUUUGUCGAUGGCACGGACCGGGUUCAAUGGUUUGAUCAGUUGUAUAAAAGCGCUCUUCAGGUAGUUGAAGAAGGAGCGGUUUCUUUGGAUCGUUAUAAAGUGGCAAUGCAACUUCUUCAACAGUCUUUGGACAGAGUUCAUAAAGUAGAAGCAAAACAAGACUAGUGUUUAGUGUUUACAGACGGA